GAGAGAGAGAGAGAGAGAGAGACACAGAGAGUAGGUGGAUUGAGUGAGAAACGUUUUUGUCAGUCACUGACAAAAGUUGCAAGUAAAGAUCAUGCAGCCACAACAGAUCAGAGAGGGAUACUUGGUGAAAAAGGGCACGGUGCUGAACUCCUGGAAGGCAUUGUGGACAGUGCUGUCAGAAGAUGGGGUGGAGUUCUAUAAAAAGAAAACAGACCGUUCUCCCAAAGGAAUGAUCCCUCUAAAAGGAGCCACGUUCACCAGUCCUUGCCAGGAUUUCAGCAAGAGGACACUGGUUUUCAAGAUUACCACAGACAGGAAGCAGGAUCACUUCUUCCAGGCCUCACAUGUGGAGGAGAGAGAGUUUUGGGUCAAGGACAUCAAGAGAGCGAUUACCUGCCUCGAGGGGGGGAAAAGGUUUGCCAGGAAGUCCACAAGACGCUCCAUUCGCCUGCCUGACAAAAUCAACCUGACAGAACUGUACACACUGAUGAAAGACCAAGACGAUGGAGUAAAAGAGUUAAAACUGGAGCAGGAGAACCGAGUCUUCAACCACUGCUUCACUGGUGCAACGGCUGUAGAGUGGCUGAUUUCAAAGGAGAAAGCUAGAAACAGGCCUGAGGCCCUCAUGUUAGCAACAGGGCUCCUGAAUGAGGGCUUUCUCCAGCCUGCGGGAGACCUGUCAAAGGAGGGAGCAGAGAGUGGAGAGCACACCGCCUUCUUAGAUGAGACAAUUGCUCUUUAUUACUUUGCAGACAGUGGGUUCUUCUGCGAAGGCUACUCCAGUGAUGAAGAUGUGCUUCUGAAGGAAGAAUUCAGAGGAAACAUCUUAAAACAGGGCUGUUUACUGAAACAGGGGCAUAAGAGAAAAAACUGGAAGGUGCGAAAGUUUGUUCUGAGAGACGACCCUGCUUUUAUGCAUUACUAUGAUCCGACAAAGGGUGACGAUCCUCUGGGCUCGAUCCAUCUCCGUGGGUCUGUAGUUACAGCUGUGGAGUAUGUGCCCGAUGCCAAAAAGUACGACAUUGACGGCAACCUCUUUGAGAUCAUCACCUCAGAUGAGACUCAUUACUUCCUCCAAGCUGCUACAGCGGAAGAAAGGAAGGAGUGGAUCAAUGCAAUACAGGCAGUGUCGAAAAGUGGAAAAUAACAGGAGCAGUGAGGCAGAGACGGUUAAACCUAUUGAUUGUAAAAUGCCACGUUUGAAAUGUCUCAGUGUCUCAAUGUGUCAGCUGAAUUGGUGCUGUGUCAUUAGAGUAACCGGCACAGUAAGGUGCACUCCUCUGUACACUAUCAAAUGUAUGUUAUGAUGUUUUUGUGCACGUAUAAAAAUAAAUAAAGGUUAAAGCGGUUAAA